AUGUUGGGCCAUCUUCUUCUUGCCUGCAGCCUUGCCUCACAGUCAUCAACGGCGAUCUUGGUGGCAGUCCAGGCACCGCUAUCACUAAUUUAUCCCCCUUGGGUCGCCAAUGGUAACACUAACAGUGUGAAUGCUGUUGCAACAGCUGUUCAGAGUGACGCGCUUUCGGCUUACAACGCAGCCGCCGCUCUUCUGGCCACCCAGCAUCUGACUGGUCAAGACCUUGGCGGCUUGACACCCGGUCCAGGUGUAUACAAGUUUUCUUCAUCAGCUCAAUUUAGCGGAACUCAUACCCUGAACGCUGGAGGCAUUCCUAAUGCUCAGUUCAUCUUCCAAGUUGGCUCUACCAUUGCCACCUCAUCAGAGUCGACGGUCAACUUGAUCCACAGCGCCCAAGCAUGCAGCGUUUUCUUUUUGGUCGGGAAUUUGGCAACCUUAGGCGCUGGUAUAAUGUUCAAGUGCGUUAGCUUGGCCAGUACCGCCAUCAAUGUCACUAUAAGUGCAUCCAAUGUUGGCUGGCUGAUCGCACUCAAUCAUGCCGUGACUCUUGGCACCAACACAAGUACAGGAUGCAGUACCACCCUUCUGAGCAGCAGCUCCGCUUCUGCAUCUACCACUGGCAUGCCCACUACCAGCUCUACCGGGAUGAUGAACGCCGUCACAUCUUCCAAUGCCGUUGUAUCGUCUUCCACCGUGUCUGCAUCACCAUUCACCGAGCCCGCUUCCCAGAAUUUAACUGGAAUAACCACCGUAAGAUACUGCCACGAGUCCAACAUCUACCAGUAG